UCUCUCUCUCCCCCUUCCUCUCUUUCUUCUUUGCCUUUGCCCUUUAUCUUUAAAUUUUUAUUCUUCCGAAAUCAAAACAGUUCCUCUUCUUUGAUCUCUAGCUAUAGCUAGCUCAUUGGGAUAUAUAUACAUAUAAAUAUAACUCCUAAGUUUUCCAUAUAACCCGAAAUCAAGAAGAGAGAGAGAGACAUAUAUAUCAUCGAAGAGAACAUAUCCACACACACACACACAAAAUGUCUGUGGAUUUAUCAUCUGAGCGUGUUUGCUAUGUCCACUGCAACUUCUGCACCACGAUUUUAGCGGUAAGCGUGCCAUACGCAAGCUUGUUCACACUUGUGACGGUGAGAUGUGGCCAUUGUACCAAUUUGCUGUCCCUCAACAUUGGAGUUUCGCUUCAUCAAUCCUCACCUCCUCCCAUCCAUCAAGAUCUUCAGCCGCAUAAGCAGCACAUAACAUCUUCCGUAACAAGAAAAGAUUAUGGAUCAUCUUCUAGGAGCACCAACCAUAUGUCCACCACAAUGUCCGAAAAUAUCGACCGGGAGGCUCCUAGAAUGCCUCCUAUUCGUCCGCCGGAGAAAAGACAACGCGUUCCUUCGGCAUACAAUAGAUUCAUCAAAGAGGAAAUCCAAAGGAUCAAGGCUUGCAAUCCAGAGAUUAGCCACCGUGAGGCGUUUAGCACAGCUGCUAAAAAUUGGGCACAUUUUCCUCACAUUCACUUUGGAUUAAAGCUGGAUGGCAACAAGAAAGGCAAGCAAUUAGACCAGACUGUUGCAAGCCAAAAAUCUAAUGGCUAUUGCUAAAGCCCUUUCUAUGAUAUAUAUAUACAUACAUAUAUGCGUGUAUAUCUCAUAUAUGCGAUAUAUAUGUGUAUAUGCUUUAUGUUUUUAUCUUUGUACGUACGCAUUUAUGAAUGUGUAAGCAGAGCUGAUGAUGGAAGAAAAGGCGAGGAAGAAGAAGAAGAAGAUCAUAACCUUACAUAUAUAUACGUCUAUUAUAUAUGUUCCUUUCUUUUUCUUGCGGGAGCUUUAUCUAUAAACUUCGUUGCUUAUAUGUUCUCCUAAUAAGUGUAAGUCUCUUUAUGAUUUUCACAAUAUUUGAACCUAUAAGAAUUUCGGAAGAAUCUUCUUUAUACGAAGAUUGUAAUAUAAAUUUCCACUUUACUCUCA